AAAAAAUUACCUCAUUUCAAAAUGAGAGUAGAAAUCACUCAGAGUUAGUAAACAAUUGAUGAAAUUAGAUAUUAUACUUAAAUCAGACUAAAGUUGGCAAAAUAUGAUAAAAAAAAUUGUUCAAACAUAAUACUUGAAAAUAAUAUCAUUAAGUACACAAAUUGAAAAGCGUUAAAGAAUCUAUAAAAUAUAGGUAGGUAGGUAAGUAGAGAAAUUUUCACCGAAAAAUACCAAAAAUAAUUAAAUGCAAUGAUGAUUUUCCACGUUGUUUUAUGAAAAAAAAAAAAAAACGAAUAAACAUGUACAAAACAACCGUAUAAAUUAUGAUUUUCCAUCUGGCUAACAUUAAUUUUUAUGUAGGUAUACCUAUGUAUUUUGCAAGUAUUGAACUUUGAUUGGAGUAAUCGAAUUACGAAAAUUUGCUUGUAAUACAAUGUGUACAUAAGACCAACUUUCUGUAAAUCCAACUUCGAUUACAUAGAAUUUCGAAACUAUAAUGACGUGCAAAUAACUGAACGAGUUAAUUUAUUGAAAAUCAUUUCGCACGAGCGAUCGCUAAUUUCAUAAAUCAUAAUUUAUGAAAAAGGUCGCAGGAACGUGAAAAAUAUGAAUACCUUAGUUACUUGCAUAUCAGUAAAUUGUAGUUCGCGAACCAAGUUCAUCAUUUUUCGGUAAAAUGCGAUCUGUAAAUAUUUUUUUGUCAAUAUUCGCGGUGUGUUUGAAAGCUGAUUUCAUAAUAUCUACGGAUACACUAGAUUGGUGGCAGACGUCAGUAAUUUAUCAGAUUUGGCCGCGAUCAUUCAAGGAUACCAAUUCCGAUGGAAAUGGAGAUCUAAAAGGCAUCGAAGAAAAGGCAGAUUAUCUCAAAGAUUUAGGUAUUGGUACAGUAUGGCUAUCUCCUAUAUAUGAAUCGCCGAUGAGGGAUAUGGGAUACGACAUUUCGGAUUUUAAAGCAAUACACCCCAUGUUUGGAACAAUGGCUGAUUUUGAUUCUUUGCGAGAUAAAUUACAUUCUCUUGGUAUGAAGUUGGUGCUGGAUUUUGUACCAAAUCACAGCAGUGAUGAACACGAAUGGUUCAUUAAAUCUGUGCAGAGGAUUGACCCCUAUACAGAUUACUACGUUUGGCAAGAUCCAAAAGGUUGGUUCAAUGAAACUACACCAUUACCUCCAAAUAAUUGGACAGGUCCAUUUGAACAAUCUUUAUGGUCAUAUCAUCCAACAAGAAAGCAGUUUUAUGUACGUCAGUUUGCACGUGAACAGCCAGACUUGAAUUAUCGUAAUGAAAAAGUGGUUGAAGAAAUGAUGAACGUAAUGCGUUUUUGGCUGGACAAAGGAGUAGAUGGAUUGAGAAUGGAUGCUGUAAUUCACCUCGUGGAAGACGACAGGUUUUUGGAUGAACCACUCGUCUCAAGUCUGCUAUUUAGUGGAAAACCUGCUUAUAUGGCUUUUGACCACAAAUAUACACAAUGUCUUCCUGAAACUUACGAAAUGUUUCACCAGUUCCGAAAGUUGGCCGAUUCUUAUAAGGAAAAAGAUGGACAAACGAGAGCUCUCAUGCUGGAAAUCGGUACCAUGCCUACGAUAGAAAACACAAUGAGAUUUUAUGGGAACAAAUCUUAUCCAAUAUCCCAUAUUCCGUUUAAUUUCCUUUUGAUGGAUUUUCUAAAUGACACCUCUACUGCUCAAGAUUUUCACUAUUUUAUUAAUAAAUGGAUGGAUAACAUGCCAGAAGGAGGAUGGCCUAACUGGAUGUUAGGAAAUCACGACAGGAUGAGAAUUGCUGACAGGUAUGUCCCGAGUAGUGUGGACUCUAUGAAUACACUUCUGUUAUUGUUGCCUGGAACGCCUGUUGUUUAUAAUGGAGAGGAACUUGGAAUGAAUAAUGUAAAGCUGAGGUGGGACCAAAUAACCGAUGUAUAUGCUCUGGUUGUGGAUCCACUUAUAUACAGUACAAGGAGCAGGGAUCCGGAAAGGACUCCUUUUCAGUGGGAUUCUUCGAGACAUGCAGGAUUUUCCAACACAAGUGGAAAAACUUGGUUACCAGUGAAUCCAGAUUACUACAGAAUUAAUGUCGAAAUACAAAAAAAAGAUCCCAAAAGUCAUUUGAACAUUUAUAAAAAUUUAAUUAAAUUACGAUCGAAUGACGUUUUUCGUCUAGGUGAUUUCAAAUUGUACAACGUUUCAGAAAAAAUUCUCGCAUUCAAAAGAAGUCUACAGAAUGAAAUAUUCAUAAUAAUGAUAAAUCUCAGUAAUGAAGAAGAGGUCAUUGAUUUCAAAAAUACCAUAAAAGACGUCCCCAAUACUAAUUUCAAAUUUGCCUUAGUUAGUCAAAAUUCCGAAUACGAAGUUGGCAAUGAACUAAAUACAAGAAAUACAUUCAGGAUUAGACCAAAAUCGUGUAUCGUUCUUGAAGCAAUUAAGAGUACUUAAAUUCUAUUCCUCCAUAUGCAAUCAUUUCAGUUUUCUAAAGUAUAAGUUUACGUUCCUAUGAUAUUUAAGAGUUGAUCAUUUUGAAAUGUCACGUGCUGCAAUAUACUCGUCAUCUCGGAAAACUCA